AUGCCGGUGGGAGAGGAGAUGGAUGAAAAAUGGAUGGCAGCGGCGGAGCGAGUGUGCGUCGCUGUGCUGAUGCUGCGCUGCGCUGGUGCCGUCGGCCUCGCCAGGCGUCACGAGACAUGGGAGAAACCAGCUGGAGGCACACAGAAGCAACUUGGAAUUGACCAGAGUCAGGACUGUGGGAUGGCCCAGCGGCGCAGACUCAAUCUCAAUCUAGAAGCAAAGGGCCGUUUGCCAGAGACCAACGGCCUGGACACUAGCCCAAGGGCAGGUGCCGGUGGGGCCAGGGCUCCUGCCUGGGUACAGUACCUGGGCGCCUCUGGAUACCGUACAGAGCAGUCGCUCCUUCCCGGAGACACACCUAACUAA